AUGGCCACCAGAUUCCCGACAGCUUCGUGUUCGGGGUUGUUGUCAUUCACGGAUAUAUCUAUGCAGUUCAGCUGGGAAGAGUGGCAGCUGCUGGAUUCUGUGCAGAAACACCUGUACCGGGAUGUGACUCUGGAAAACUAUAGUAACCUGGUGGCUAUAGGGUAUCAUGGUAACAAACCUGAUUUAAUCUUCAAGUUGGAGCAAGGAGAAGAGCCAUGGAUCAUAAACUCGAAAGUUUCCCAUCAGAGCUGCCCAGAUGGUUGGGAAGAAUGGUACCAGAAAAAUCAUGAUGAACUUGAAAGUGUAGAGAAAAGCUAUGCUUGUAAUGCAUUUGGAAAACUUCAUCUGAGCAAAAGCCACAUUUCUUCAAGACAAAGAUUCCUUAAAUAUAACACACAUGGAAGAAGUUUGACACAAAAUUUAACUUCAGCCACAAGCUGCCUAAGAAAGAAUGCUGAUCAGUUUCAUGGGUAUGAGGAAUCAUAUUUUAUUAAUCAUCAAAGAACUCAUAGUAUAGAAAAAAACUGUAUAUGUAAUGAAUCCUUCAGUGCCAAGUCAAACCUCAAUGCUCAUCAGAGAGUCCAUACAGGAGAAAAGCCCUACUCCUGUAUCGAGUGUGGGAAAGUCUUUUCUUUCAGGUCACAACUCAUUGUCCACCAGGAAAUUCACACAGGAGGGAAACCUUAUGGUUGCAGUGAAUGCGGUAAAGCCUACAGCUGGAAAUCACAAUUGAUUUUACACCAGAGAAGCCAUACAGGAGUGAAACCAUAUGAAUGCAGUGAAUGUGGGAAAGCCUUUAGUUUGAAGUCACCAUUCAUUGUGCACCAGAGAACUCAUACAGGAGUGAAACCCCAUAAAUGUAGUGAAUGUGGGAAAGCCUUUAGGAGUAAGUCAUACCUCCUUGUUCACAUUAGGAUGCACACAGGAGAAAAACCCUAUCAAUGCAGUGACUGUGGCAAAGCCUUCAAUAUGAAGACACAACUUGUUAUACACCAGAAAACUCAUUCAGGAGAAAAGCCGUUUAAAUGCAGUGAGUGUGGGAAAGCAUUCACUCAGAAGUCAUCUCUCAGUGAACAUCAAAGAGUUCAUACAGGAGAGAAACCAUGGAAAUGCUCUGAGUGUGGGAAAUCCUUCUGUUGGAAUUCAGGGCUUCGUAUACAUCGAAAAACUCACAAUCUUCCCUCCUUCCCCCCAACCCCACCAAAUUCAUGUCCUUCUACUUUCCUCUGGAAUUUCCUAGGCAAGAAUACUGGAAUGGGUGGCCAUUUCCUUGUCCAGGGGAUCUUCUCAACAGAGGCAUCCAACCUGUGUCUCCUGCAUUGGCAGGUGGAUUCUUUUCCGGUGAGCCACCUGGGAAGCCCUACAAAUGUCAAUACUUCUAUAAUUUUGUCCUGUCCACUAAACAACAACAACAGGAUGGUUCUUUGGGACACUAGUCGACCAUCUUCUCUGUCUGCUGACCUUCCAAAUGAAGUCUCUAUUCAUUGCCCCAGCAACUCACCUCUGGAUUUAUUGCCUUGUCAUGCAGCCGCCAGCAUGAACUUGGACUCGCUUGUGUUCUGCAUUUUAAGUAUUAGUUUAGUCUUUAUUUUUCCAGGAACCCGGGGGCGGGGCGGUCACUUGGGUCCCGGUCCCCGUUCGGCGCGUCCGUGGUCCGAGGCGUUUUUUGCAGGUUCCGGGGCUGGAUCCCUGUGGGGCGGGCGGCGGGGAAUGAGAGGGUUCGCGGGGGCCGGGCUGGGGGUCGUGCCAGGGCUGCAGGUGGCGUCCGCGCUUCGGCCUGGGUCUCAGCGGCUGGGUUGCGGUGGGCACCGAUGGGCUCCAGCGGUGGGGGGAGGCCCUUCCUCCGCCACGGCCAGUGCUCAGAGCGCUUUGACGUUUCCGUCCAGACCGGCUUGUACAGGUGGUGUCUCCCACGCGCGUGCCCGGCCGCCCGCGACCUUCGGGACGCAUGGCCAGUCGUGGGGGCGCCCUGGGAUGAUUCCUGCUUCUGAUUCACUGCUCUUACAGGGGUCAUUCUCAUUUGAAGAUUUAUCUGUGGACUUCACCCAGAAGGAAUGGCAGCUACUGGACCCCUAUCAGAAGGACUUAUACAAGGAUGUCAUGUUGGAGAAUUAUAGCAGUCUCGUGUCACUAGGGUAUGAAGUUAUGAAACCUGGUGUUAUCCUUAAGUUGGAGCAAGGAGAAGAGCCAUGGACAGGAGAUGGAGAAAUUCCAAGUUCAGACUCACUAGAUCAAGUCUUUCAAGUAAAUGGUCACAUGACUUGGCACAAGAAUAACAAGAAGUUUAAAAAUAUGAAACAAGAUCAUGAAUGUGAUGCACUUGGAAAAAAGUUUAAUCUGAGCACGAACUUUAUUCCUUUAAGGAAAUCAAACAAAGAAGGUGACAUAGAUGGAUUAAUUUUAAAACAUCAUUUAGAUUUUCUUAUUCCGAAAGCAAACUGUGGAAGAAUGGAACCAGCUGACUUAAACAUAUUUGAUAAAUUAUUUCUCCAUACCAAGACUGAGGAAACUGAUACUUGGUUAAAAUACUAUGCAUGUGAUAAAUGUGGGAAAGCCUUCUCCCAAAAGUCACAGCUAACAUCCCAUCAGAGGACACAUACAGGAGAGAAACCAUAUGAAUGUGGUGAGUGUGGGAAAGCCUUCUCCCGGAAGUCACAUCUCAUAUCACAUUGGAGGACACACACAGGAGAGAAACCCUAUGGAUGCACUGAGUGUGGGAGGGCCUUUAGUGAAAAGUCAAAUCUCAUCAAUCAUCAAAGGAUUCAUACAGGAGAGAAACCUUUUGAAUGCAGAGAAUGUGGGAAAGCCUUCAGCAGGAAGUCACAGCUUGUCACACAUCAGAGGACCCACACAGGAACAAAACCCUAUGGAUGUAGAGAAAAACCCUUUGUAUGCACUAAGUGUGGGAAGGCCUUCAGCAGGAAAUCCCAGCUUGUCAGACAUCAAAGAACUCAUACAGGAGAAAAACCGUAUGUGUGCAGUGAGUGUGGGAAAGCCUUUUGUCAGAAGUCACAUCUCAUAUCACAUCAGAGGACACACACAGGAGAGAAACCCUAUGAAUGCAGUGAAUGUGGGAAAGCCUUUGGUGAAAAGUCAAGUCUUGCAACACAUCAGAGAACCCAUACAGGAGAAAAACCUUAUGCAUGCAGGGAUUGUGAAAAGGCCUUCUCCCAGAAGUCACAGCUCAAUACUCACCAGAGAAUUCACACAGGAGAGAAACCGUAUGGAUGCAGUCUUUGUCAAAAAGCUUUCUUUGAAAAAUCGGAACUAAUUAGACAUCAGAGAACUCAUACAGGAGAAAAACCUUAUGAAUGCAGAGAGAGACCCUACAGUUGCAGUGAAUGUAGAAAGGCCUUCUCUCAGAAGUCACAGCUUGUUAAUCAUCAGAGAAUUCAUACAGGAGAGAAACCUUUUCAAUGCAGUGAGUGUGGGAAAGCCUUCUCCCAAAAGUCACAGCUUAUUAAUCAUCGGAGAACUCAUACACAUGUGAACGUCAAUACUGUGGAGAGACCCUAUGGAUGCCAUGAAUGUGGAAAAACUUUCAGUCGGCGCUUUUCCCUCGUGCUACAUCAAAGAACUCAUACUGGAGAGAAACCAUAUGUAUGUAAGGAAUGUGGGAAAACCUUUAGCCAGAUCUCAAACCUCGUAAAACAUCAGAUGAUACAUACGGGAAAGAAACCCCAUGAGUGUAAAGACUGUAAUAAAACAUUCAGUUACCUUUCUUUCCUCAUUGAACACCAGAGAACACAUACUGGGGAGAAACCCUAUGAGUGUACUGAAUGUGGAAAGGCCUUUAGUCGUGCCUCAAACCUCACUCGACAUCAAAGAAUUCACAUAGGAAAGAAACAAUAUGUAUGCAGGAAAUGUGGAAAGGCCUUUAGCAGUGGCUCUGAACUCAUUCGUCACCAGAUUACACACACUGGAGAGAAACCUUAUGAAUGCAUUGAGUGUGGGAAGGCAUUUCGCCGUUCUUCACAUCUUACCCGACAUCAGAGUGUCCAUACCUCCAAAACCCCCUAUGAAUGUAAUGAAUGCAGUAAAGCUUUCCGUUGCCACUCCUUCCUUAUCAAACAUCAGAGAAUUCAUGCUGGAGAAAAGCUCUAUGAAUGUGAUGAAUGUGGUAAAGUUUUCACAUGGCAUGCAUCCCUUGCACAACAUAUGAAAAUUCAUACUGGAGAAAAACCCUACGCAUGUACUGAAUGUGACAAAACCUUUAGUAGGAGCUUUUCCCUCAUUCUACAUCAGAUAACUCAUACUGGGGAGAAGCCCUAUGUAUGUAAGGUAUGCAAUAAAUCCUUUAGCUGGAGCUCAAACCUUGCUAAACAUGAGAGAACACACACUCUAGAGAACCCCUUUGAAUAUGAAAAUUCAUUUAAUUACCACUCAUUCCUUACUGAACACCAGGGAAUUCACACGAUAGACAAAACCUAA